AUGGCACGUCGUUGGAAACCAGAAGAAAUUGCUUUUCUCCGGGAAAAACUGCAGCAAAACAAUGAAGUGCUGCUGAAGGAAGACCUUCAGGCCCUGGAACAGCAAAUCCCAGGUAGAUCUCUAGCAGGAAUAAAGAAAACAUACCUAGAACUUAAACACCAGCAACAUGAUACCGCAGCAGAAAUAGGCCCAGAGCCCCAAACAGCACCGACUGGAAGUAAAUUAUGGUCUGAGGAGGAAGAACUAACGUUAGUUUCCCUAUAUAAGCAACAAGCUGGGUCUCAAUCCGGUGCAAAAAUAAAGGCCAUAUUGAAUAACUUCCUGGGCAGAACAACUAAAGUCAUUGCCACAAAACUAAGAGGAAAAUACCCAAAUAUCUACUAUAUGAGGUAUACAAGCGACGACGAAGCUGAAGAACAUCAAAACAAUGAUGAAAACCUUCCAGAAAACCAAAACUUAGCCCAAGCACCAUCAUCAACACCUCCACCGCAGCCUGAGCCUCCCGCACCACCUGAGCAAUUAAUCCAGCAUCAUGAGAUCCCAGUGCAACCCCCGAACAACAAAACAACAAUGAAAACACACCACAGAGCCAAAAUCUAA